AUUUCAUUUCAUUGGAUAACACACAAAGCUAUCAUCUCUAUUUUCUCUCUGCAAUUUCAUCAAACACCAUCCAUGGCUUCAACCUGCGCCCCUCCUUCCUCCCUCAUGCUCGCCCACCCUCAAGACCUUUCUCCUUCUCUCCGCUUCUUCCUUCCUAGGCCUUCUUCUAGAACCUUCUCCUCCUCUUCUUCUUCUUCCCCUUCCUUCUCCCCUCUUCUUUCCAAGCCUCCUACAAGGUGGCUCCAUGUUACCUUCCACAGGGAGCCUUUCUCCGCUGUUCUCGCCGCUUUGGCUGCCGAGGUCGAGGUAGCGGAGACCGUCGACGACACCGACGAGGUCGACGGAGCUCAAGCCUCUGAUGGCUCUGCCACCGCCACACCGGUCACCACUAUCAAGCCUAAGAAGGGAAAGGCUGCAUUGCCUCUCAAGAGGGACAGGACGAGGUCUAAGAGGUUCUUGGAAAUUCAACAAUUGAGAGAGCGUAAGAAAGACUACGACUUGAAGACAGCAAUAUCUUUGGUCAAAGCAACGGCUAAAACCAAGUUUGUAGAAACAGUAGAAGCCCAUUUCCGCCUCAACAUUGACCCCAAAUAUAAUGAUCAGCAGUUAAGAGCAACGGUAAAUCUGCCAAAGGGAACUGGGAAGCCGGUUAAAGUGGCUGUUCUAACUCAAGGUGCAAAAUUUGAUGAAGCAAAAAAUGCUGGAGCUGAUUUGGUGGGUGGAGAGGAUCUGAUAGAACAGAUAAAAGGAGGGUUCAUGGAAUUUGACAAGUUGAUUGCUUCUCCAGAUAUGAUGCCUAAGGUGGCUAGCCUAGGGAAGAUUCUGGGUCCAAGAGGACUGAUGCCAAAUCCAAAAGCUGGCACUGUAACAGCUAAUAUACCUCAGGCCAUAGCAGAAUUCAAGCAGGGGAAAGUUGAAUACAGAGCAGAUAAAACUGGAAUUGUGCACUUACCCUUUGGAAAAGCCGACUUUUCGGAGGAGGAUCUACUUGUAAACUUGCUUGCUGCAGUAAAAUCAGUUGACACAAACAAACCAUCGGGCGCUAAAGGUGUGUACUGGAAGAGUGCCCACAUAUGUUCAGCAAUGGGACCUUCAAUCAGGUUAAACAUCAGGGAGAUGCUUGAUUACAGACCAGAUGCAUGAAGAAAUAGUGAGCAACCUGUGUAAAUGCUUGUUUUGAUUUGGUCAGCUUUUCUGGGUGCCCUUGUCAGAUCUUUGCCAACUGGUUUAGCCAAAAAAUGAUGUUACCGAAGUUGCAUACAAGGGGAUAUACUUUGGUGGUUAUAGCUUUUAAAAAAAAUACGUUGCACCAAAAGUAUAUGAAACACUACAUAGUCUUUGACCACCUCUUGAGGAUUUUUACCUUGUAUUACUUUGUAGCUAACACCCAAUAUUUUAAUUAUAUUUUUCUUUUCCUGGCAAUAAAUUUUCAAUUUUUACAA